AUGGAAAAGGAACAAAAGAACGAAAAGAAAAAAGAUGAAGGGGAAAAAGAAGUAGAAAGAAACGAAUUCGGACUUCGUUAUUACCUUCCGACCGAUGUCAUCCUUCACAACAAACCCGAAGAUUGUUGGGUGAGUUUUUUGGGUAAAGUCUGUGACGUCACUCCGAUAGUAAAAGAAUACGAAAACGAAAAAGAAGUCAAACCUCUUUUGGCUCAUGCCGGAAAAGAUAUAUCCCAUUGGUUCGAUAAAAGGACUCAAGACAUAAAAUAUAUGAUUCAUCCAGUGACGGGUGUCAAAGUGCCUUACUGCCCUCACGGUCCCAUUCCUCACGUUCAUCCACAAGUACCAUCGACGAAAUGGCAACCUUUGCCGGGUGUGAAAAGGCCCUACGAUGGUUUGCCCUGGUGGCGGAAUAAAAAAUACGUCGUGGGAUUACUAUCGAAAAAUCCUAGGCCAUUGAAAAUCGUAAACACGGCUGUUCCAGAAUCCCACAGGAACAGUUUGGCGUGGGUGGCAGCAGAAGAAAAUCUUUAUCAAAUUCUCGAAAGACUUUUGCCAAGGAAUUCACACAUAAAAAGUUACACGUUUAAAUUCGAAGGUGAAAAAUUGAACAUGAGGAAAACUCUGGAAGAAAAUGAAAUUUACGACGAAAGACGUAAAUUCGGAGAAUUGGGCAUGCCGGAAAAUUGUUACAUUCCUGCCAUUCAGCUUUAUUACAAUGAUGACUUGACAAAAUAA